GUUGCACUGCUACAGGGACAUGCUUGGAAAGUGUUAGGAAUGUCUUCACGUAAUAAUGAUGUAAGAUUAUUCAUGAUUCUCAUCAUUGCUCCCCCCCAGACACUGAUGUUGCUCCACUCCUAUCGCCCAUACUACAGCAGACAGGCCGUCCUCAACAGGGGGGCACCUGCUGUCCCGGCUCCGCGCUGCAGUGUCUGCGAGAGCACACGAUUAGUGCACAGCUGGAAGGAGAGGCAGACCUGUAACACCUUAUCGGACUUUGACAUUACAACAUCACGCACACGGGAGACGCGGCGGACAGCAUUACCCUCUCCAUCCCGGGAGAAUUCAGACAUGAUGCCCCGUCUGCCUGGCGGCGGCGGCGGUGGGACAACGCGCCGGACCACCGGCACCCUUUUGUCGGCGUGUCUGGUCUCUGCUUGUCAAGCCCUCCGGAGCUGCGGGGAGGUCCAGUGCGGCGACGGCCAGCAGUGCUGUCCGCCCAUCGUCAACGGGAACGGCAGUGCCACCUCCGCGGUGCGCUGCUGCAAGCUCCCCAUCCACAUAUUCUUCGACAACGUAGGCUGGUUCACGCGGAAGCUGUCGGGCAUCCUGAUCCUGUUGCUGCUCUUCGCCAUGGGCUACUUCAUCCAGCGGAUCAUCUGCCCGCGGCCCCGCCGGCACCAGCACCACGACCGCAGCGAAGAGCCCUCCCUCUUUCACGGGCACGCAUCAGCGUCCCAGGACUCCCUGCUGGACCGGUACCCGGAGUACAGCCUCGGGGACUUCACCUCUCCGAACCUGCCAGCCUAUGACGAGGUCAAAUAUUUGCCCACGUACGAGGAGAGCAUGCAGGAGAUGCACAGGGACCGAUCUGAUGAUAACUUGCUGUCGGAAAACGAGAGGGGCGGUCAGGGCAGAGUGAGAGCUGCAGGACCGAGGGCUGGAGACCAGAGACGGGAUGUCCUGGAGGUGACAGGACCGCAACACAGCCCAAGGACAUCUCGAAACUCUGUCUGACUGAGACUGGGCAAAGCUGCUGAGACAAUAUAGUAUUCUUAUUUUAAUAUCAUCAGGGUAAUUAUCUUGCAGAGAUACAAACUCAAGUGCAAUUAUAAUCCUGAAUGUUAAGAAUAAAAGGAGGAGGCUGAGAAAAUGUACGUGUUUUGUAAGAUUAUAGCGGAUUACUCGCCUUUUGUAUGCAAAUGACCGCUUGGGUUAAGUGAAGAUUAUAAAGUAGAAGCGGAGGCGGCUGAAAUUGACGCUCUUUGUGUUGGGGACAGCUAAUUUGGCUCCGGUACAAUCGCAUUAAGUUCUACUUCAGCUCCUCGAUUUUAAGUGGCACCGUGAAAACAGUUUUUCUUCUGUCAAAUUCUCGCCCUUUCUUACUCUUAAUGCUAAAUAUUCUGCUGGACCCGAAAGAUUCUUCAUUGAAUUUGCAUCCAAAAGGAAGAAUAUUUAGUCGUCCCCCCGCCCC